CUAAGACAUUGAUAUCAUUUUUCUGGCGCUGAAGAGAUCUUCUGGACUUAUAAAAAUGGCAAGAUAAUACAAAAUUUUUGUAUUACUUAGGCAAAUAUCAAUAACCAAAAUGUGUAGUCUAAAGGCGUUUGGAUACAAAAAAAACACAAUCACUGCUUCUCCGAAGGUUCCAGAAGUACAAUGCAGUACAACAUAACCAUGGACGGCAAGGUUGAUCUGUUCCAGAAGUUCGGAAUCGACAGUCUGUUUGAAAUUAUGUUUCUAGCGAUGCAGGUUGGAUUCGAAGGAAAAGGAAUUGCAUCGGCACUGGUAGCGUGCUUGGUGGAACUGGCCAAGAAGUAUAAAUCUUAGAAUAAUUUGACAAGCAGAAGACCAAAGCUUGUGUCGUCCUUGUUUACGUCGAGAUAUUCCCAAAGUGUCGGCAGGAAGAACAACUUCAAGGAGCUACUAGAAGUGCCUCAUACUGAAUUUAUGUUUCGUGGGAAAACAUACGCCGAUCGAAUUGGACCUGAUCAUCUCACAUCCAUUAUAAUGA